CAUGCUUUUCUUGCCUUCUUUUAGGCCAUCCAUAAGAAGGUUCAAAACUUGAGAGACUAAUGUUAUUAAUUCAUAUCUCUUCUUCAACAUUCAUUACUAUAUAUUAUAAAUGGGAAGACCUCCUUGUUGUAAUGAUAAGGUACAUAAUAGAAAAUGUAAUUGGAUAGAAGAGGAUGCUAACACAUCUACAUUUGUCUCAAUCAACAAACAUGGAAUUGGUAAUUGGGCAACCAUGUCUAAGAAAUCAGGACACGGGAGAUGUGGUGGGAGGAAUCAGAAGCAGAGAUGGAACAAUCGUCUAAAGCCUGAUCUUAAACAGGACAGCUUUACGCCUCAAGAAGAGGAACUGAUCAUUAAGCUUCAUGCCACUAUAGGAAGCAGGUGGUCUAUAAUAGCACAACAACUAGCUGGGAGAACGGAUAAUGAUGUGAAGAACCUGUGGAACACUAAGCUGAAAAAAAAGCUAUCUGCAAUGGGGAUUGAUCCUGUUACUCACAAGCCUUUCUCACAAAUCCUCACAGACUAUGGUAACAUUGGUGGCUUUCCGAAAGCCAGAACACGUUUCGUAUCUCUUAACAGAGAGCUAAAAGGUGCAUUUAUGUCUAGACCAGAACAACUUCAACAUUCUUUACAAAAUUUCCAAAACUUUAACAGCCUUUGUGUGAAGCUGCCUAAAACAGAAGCUUCAGAAGAGUGCUUCUUUAGCAACAAUCAAGAUUCCAGCAAUAUUAAUCAACCUCCUGUUGAUCUGUUCUCCGAGUUACAAGCCAUAAAGUUUGUAACAGAAGCCUCAAAUUACAAUUCCCCAAAGGCAGUUUUCUCCCAUAAUCCAAAUCCUAUAACUGAUUGCUCUACGUCUUCGCCUUUGUCAUCUUCGUCUUCAUCAUCAGCAUCUCAUUCAUUAGCUGAUAAUCAAGUAAACUGGUGUGACUAUCUUCUUGACGAUGAAUUUCUUCCAUCAAAUUUCAAAGCUCAAGAAGAUACGUUAACCAUAGAAGAAAAGUUAGUGUGUGGUGGAGCUGAGGAUGGAUCAAACAACGUGCCAUCAACUAAGGAUUUUGAGAACUCGUUAUCUACAAAGGGAACAUCAUCGUCAUCAUUUGUCGAAGCCAUGUUAGAAUGUGAAAAUGACAUGUUCUUGAACUUCCCUGGCCUCUCUGAGGAUCCGUUUUACUAG